UAAACACACUGUAGGCCGAAUAUAAGCCAACCCAGGGAAAUUACUCCACCAGACGUUCAUCUUCAACGUUUGCUUCUGGUUUCCUGUGAAUGUUUAUGUUUGUCCGCACGACGCAGCGAGCUCACCACCGCUGUGCACGGAGGAGGAAGAGGCUAUAAGUAGCUCCUGAAGUCCGCCAUGGCCUCCUUUGGAUGGAAGAGGAAGAUUGGUGAGCGAGUAUCUAAGGUGACUUCUCAGAACUUUGAAAAGGAGUCCGCCGAUGAGUCCGCUGACGCGGAGAGCGAUGACGUGGACUGGCUGCACUCCAUUAAGCGCAAGAAGGGAAUUCUUCUGGAGGACAAUAUCGCUAAAAGUAAACGGCUGAAGGACGAAGGAGCCUUACUGGCCCUCGACGGAAGCCACUGGGAGGCUAUAAAGAAAUGGGAUGAGGGGAUCAAUUUAACCCCAGAAGACGCUGCUCUGUAUGAGAUGAAGGCUCAGUCUCUUCUGUGUCUUCAGGAGAUGUUUCCAGCCGUACAAGCAGCAGAAACCGCAGUCAGCAGGAACCCAAAGUUUGUGGAAGGCUGGCAGACUCUGGGACGGGCACAGCUGGGUAUAGGAGAAAUAGCGAUGGCCAUUCGGAGCUUCCAGAUUGGGAUCCACAUCUGCCCUUCUAACAUGGAGUUAUGGGAGGAAGAUCUGAACUGGGCUUGCAAGCUUCUCCAAGAGAAGGGACAAGUGGACGCCGCAGAAGCUCUGGAGAGGAAGCGGGCAGAUUUCAGUAUUGAACAGGCCUUAAUCCCAGACUAUGACUUUGAGGGUGACGAGGUGGUGGCGGCCUGUGAUGCCAUCUCGCGGACCGAGAAGGUGGCGGCUGCCAGCGGCAAAACUAUUCUUGUUUCUUCAUCAGGAGAGGUGGCGAAUCAGGAGCCAACGAGAGACAAGGCCUCGACCUCCGGUGAUGACCAGAAGUUGUUUAUCAAAGCUCGAUGAUUGGAAGUUUUUUCAUCUGUGGCGCUGAGUGUCCUCCAGGACGCGGCUGUAGAAGGAAAAGGGACUAUAAAGAUAUAUCUAUACCCAGAUUUUAUCGAUCCGUAUGCAACUGUCAGCUUUGCCCUUUGUUGUGUUUAUGGUGGGGGUAGUUGUAAAGAUGUCUUCCCAGGAUGAUAAUAAUAAUACCUUUUCAAAGGUUUUUCACAUUUAAGGUUUUUUCUUACUGGUCAUUCAUACACUUUAGACAGUCACAUCGGUGGGAUACUGGGUGGUAAGAUUGUCUCAUGUCCUGAAAUAAGGUGUCCCAGCCAUGUACGUUCUCACAUAACCACCAUUGACUUCAUUGAGUAGACUGGUGCAAAAGUGGAGCAAUGUCUACACCAAACGGAGCCCCGACCCCAACAUUCCCACCCAUGGGAAUCCUAUACACCUCUGAAUGACAAGCAAAAAAUAGUAAGACCUCAUGCACAUAGCAGAGACUUUUGCAAGGAGGUUGUACGCAGGCACACUAAGCCUCAAUAUAAGCCUAAGCCUGCUCCGAUCCAUCCUUCCUACAUACUGCUGCAGCCAAUCUCUGUGCUUAGAAGUCUCACGCCGUACACUGCUGAGGCCAGUGAUUGGCUGCUGCGGUAUACGGAGCCAGACAAUACGUCACCGACUGCCGCUCAGAAAGAGGACCGAGCAGUGGCGUUUGAUCAGAGCAGGUGCAGGAAGGGAAGUUUAGUUUUUUUUCAAAUUAUUUUACCUCUGGCA